AUGUUCACUUCCAAAGGGCUCUUUUCCGAGAUCGAGUGUCCAUACAAAGACACCUGCAUGCUUCCAAAAUGUAUCUUUGCCCAUUCUAGAAGCCUUCCUAGCCCGGUUAUAACUGUGGUUGAGAAUCAGAGUUAUGAUGCUCUUGAUGAGGGACAGGACCAAGAAGGUCGAAGGAAGAGACUGAAGUUGGCCGAUGAGAACGAGCGGACAGCUUCGAACUCAGAUAAGGCUUCUACUAAAGUCCAGGCAGUUCGAAAAACGUCAUAUUCGACGAGUGAGGAUGACACACCGGAAUCAAAACCAAAGCGGAUAUCCUCUUUGACACGGCCUGUAUCCCCGCCUGCACUGCGAAAUAAGUCUCAAAUUGGAACUACUACAGCCACAAAGGAUCCCCACGUUCAUCAUGGGAAUGUAGCGGCUUCAAAACCCAGCCCUGCUCUGAAGUCAACCCCCAUCAAAUUAGCUACGGAAAAACCAUUACUUGUCAAAACACCACUAAAGAAAGAAGCUUUGAAUCCUCGAGCUCUGAAAGUGCCAACCCCUGCAACCUAUCAAAUAAGAUUCAGACUUGUACAAACCCUGCACGAGCAGCUUAACAGGUUGAAUUCUGAGUUGGGAAGUGAUGCAAAUGAUGCCGAAGAGCAGCUUGUACUGCCAGAACAAGCGAUCAUUUCCAUGGCUUUAGACAUGGAAGAAGCUGCAGCCUACACUCCGAGCAUCUAUUCGAAUGCUGUCAAAAAUAAGAUCCUUCUCUACAAAAGGAUGAAAGUAGGGCAAUGGAAAGAGGAGAGAGAAAAAGAGGUAGCAGAAAUCAAGGCAAAAGAAGCGGCUGCCAUGUCAAACACUCCUGAUUCCAGACCUAAGCUUCCUCCAAAGGUUGUCGAAACUGGAUUGAAAACAGAGGAAGAGAUCAUGCUUCUUCCGCGGCUCUACACACCAAUCACAGGUCUAUCAAAACAUGGUUACGUGACCUCAAUCCCAACAGAUGACGAGAUCGAGACGGCAAGAAAGGGAGUGGAGGCUGCGAAAGGUUGGGAAGUUUGUGAUCGCUGCAAAAGCCGCUUUCAAGUAUUUCCCGGCCGUAGAGAAGAAGACGGCGCUCUCGCGUCAGGAGGGAAAUGUACUUACCAUUGGGGUAAAGCACUCUUGGCUGAACGCUCAGCAACAGAUCCUAAAGCAAAGAGGGAAAGGAGAUUCAAAUGCUGCGGUCAAAUAAUGGGCGAUUCUGUAGGAUGUACACAAGCUGAUUGUCACGUCUUCAAAAUCUCUGAAGUCAAACGUCUAGCAGCGGUUUUGAACUUUGAAAAAACUCCAGAGAAUCCAGCAAAAGCGUUAAGCAAUCCAGUUUGCAUCGAUGGCGAGAUGGGCUAUACAGUCUACGGUCUCGAACUCAUUCGUCUCACAGCAACAUCUUGGCCUUCCGGUAUGCCCCUCUUCGACGUCCUAGUUCGUCCUGUAGGAGAGAUUCUGGACCUCAAUUCUCGCUUUUCAGGUGUAUGGCCCAAGGAAAUGGGUGAAGCGAAGCCUUUCUCAAGCUCAACCAAACCAUAUCCGGAGAAGACUCAAGACCUUCAAAUCGUCUCGUCCCCCGCCGAAGCCCGCACUUUGUUAUUCUCCCAUCUCUCACCAGGAACACCACUAAUAGGCCACGGUCUCGAAAAUGACCUCAACGCCUCCCGUAUAAUCCACACAACCAUCAUCGACACAGCACUCCUCUUCCCCCAUAAAGCUGGCCUACCUUACCGCAAUGGAUUGAAAAUGCUAAUGAGCACACAUCUGAACCGGGAUAUCCAGAUCCAGGCUGUGGUUGAUGGCAAGAUGGAGGGGCAUGAUAGCAAGGAGGAUGCUAAUGCUGCUGGGGAGCUCGUGAGGUGGAGGGUGGGUGAGCUUUGGGGGACUAUGGAGAGGGAAGGGUGGGUUGUGGAGAAUGGGGGGAUCUUUGUGCCGCCUAAUGGGAGUGGGGAUGGAUUGGAGAGGAGGGGUGGGGAGUUGGGUAUUGGUGCUGGGACAAAGAGGGGGGUGGGAUGA